AUGCCACCCUUGUCUGUUCCCAACUCGCUUCAGGGUAGCCUCGAUGCUACCAAAGUCGACUAUGUGCAACUCGGCUCCUCGGGCCUUCGAGUCUCCGUUCCAAUAUUUGGAACGAUGGGUAUUGGAAGUAAAGAGUGGAUGCCAUGGAUCAUGGAAGAGGAUGAAGGAUUGGAACUAUUGAAAGCCGCUUAUGAUAGAGGUGAAGUGACUUUGAGUGUAUGCUUGGUAUAUCAAGCUAAUUACAAAUUAGGCCUUACUACGUGGGAUACUGCAAAUGUUUACUCCAGCGGUGUCAACGAGGAGAUUAUUGGAAAGGCUAUCAAGAAAUUUGAUAUUCCUAGACAUGAGAUUACUAUUCUGGCGAAGUGUAUGGGGACAGUGCCUAAGACGCCAGAUAUUUUUUAUUGGAUGUUUGAGCCCCAAUUGCACAAGAGUAAAGACUAUGUCACCCAAGGCGGUAGGUACAGAAAUCCGCUUUUCAUAAGUGUUAUUAGCUGAUCAUGUUUAAUUCAGGGCUGUCACGAGGAGCACUUUUCAGAGCCGUCGACGCCUCACUCAAGCGUCUGGGAACAGAUUACAUCGACCUCCUCCAAAUCCACAGGUACGAUGACACCGUUUCCCCCGAAGAAACCAUGAAGGCUCUCCACGACCUUGUCCAAUCCGGGAAAAUCAACUACAUCGGCGCGAGUUCCAUGUGGACCUACCAAUUCGCACGCAUGCAAUUCAUCGCCGAGAAGAACGGCUGGACAAAGUUCAUUAGUAUGCAGAAUCGGUACAACCUCUGCUACCGUGAGGAAGAGAGGGAGAUGAAUAGGUUCUGUAAGGAGACUGGUGUGGGGUUGAUUCCUUGGUCGCCGUUGAAUUCGGGCUCGUUGUCGAAGCCCCGUGGUGUUGAGACGGGACGGUCGCAAGCGGUUGCUGCGAUGGCAGGUGGUGCCACGGAUGCUGAUGAUGCUAUUCGUGACCGAGUUCAGAAGGUCGCGGAAAAAAAGGGAUGGAAAAUGAGCCAGGUGGCACUAACCUGGCUGAGAGGAAAGGGCUGUAUCCCAAUUGUUGGUUUGAAUAAUUCCAGCAUCGAAAGGCUUGAUGAGGCGUGUUCUUUGCGGGGCUUGGAAUUGAGUGAGGAGGUAAAAUACUUGGAGGAACCUUACGUUGCGAAAGCUAUAAUCGGACACAGCUAGAGCUUCCUAGGGAUCUCCAGUCAAUUUGAUAUAUCAAAAGGAUUCGCAUAGAAACAAUAUAUGAG